GUGUUGGUAUUUUUACAAGUGAAAGAAGAGGGACACACCGCCAGAGAGAGCUGGUGUUUGUUUUGAGAUUGAAUUGUUGCACGAUUCUGCAUUAUGCUGUAACAGUAGGUCUGAAUAAACGCCUUUCCUCAGGUGGGGCUUAAGAAAAGACGAGGAGCCUCAGGCGAUUGCAGACGGUAUAAAAGUAUUUGGAUUUCCUCCCCCAGACUUGCUGAUCUCCCCACACUCAGCACCGUCUCACCUGGCGAGCUCGACUCCACUCUGCAGCAAUGCCUUCCCACGGUGUGUGCAAGAAUCUCAUCAAUGCACGCCAUCUGAAAGAUGGUUACGGGACUAUCGAAAACCCCGCGAGGCUGUUCAAACAAGACUUCAGACAGAUGAAGCGCUACUGUCAACGAAUGAAGCUGAGGUUCGUGGAUGAGGUGUUCCCUCCCGACUCGGAGACCAUCGGGGAGGGCCUGCUGUCCCCUGAAGACCUGGCCAGGGUGGUGUGGCUGAGACCACAUAAAAUCGUUCCAAAUCCUGCUCUGGUUGUUGAUACGGUUUCCAGGUUUGACUUCGGUCAAGGCAUGCUUGGAAACUGCUGGUUUCUGGCAUCUGCAGCAACUCUGUCUUUCCAGGAUUUCAUCCUCAAACAAGUCAUUCCUCUGGAUCAAACCUUUGAUAACGAUUACUGCGGGAUCUGGCACUUCAGGUUCUGGAGAUUUGGGAUAUGGGUGGACGUCAUCAUCGAUGACAAGCUUCCAACAAUCAAUGGACAACUCAUCUUUGUCCACUCCACAGAUCCAGCUGAAUUCUGGCCUGCUUUGCUGGAAAAAGCCUAUGCUAAGGUGUGCGGCUCCUACUCAGACAUGAAUGCUGGGACUCCCGCCGAAGCCUUGGUGGACUUCACUGGAGGGGUUCACUUCUGCAUUGACCUGCAGCAUCCCCCUCCAGAGCUGUGGGAGAUGAUGUCCAGAGCUGGACGAAGCAGGUCUCUGAUGGGUUGCGGCACACCGCAGGGCGAGACUUCUGCCAACACUGUCUUACCAAAUGGACUGGUCCAAGGUCAUGCAUACUGUAUCACAGGUUUAAAAGAGGUCAUGAGCCAAGGACAAAUCGUGAGACUGGUGCGUUUGCUGAACCCCUGGGGCAAAGGAGAGUGGAAAGGAGCCUGGAGCGAUCAGUGCCCUCGCUGGCAAACCGUGAGUCCUGAGGAAAGAGCGAUGUGUCAGUCGGUGCGGGACGAUGGGGAGUUUUGGAUGUCCCUGGAAGAGUUUGUUCAGUUCUAUUCAGAUCUCGACAUCUGCUGCAUGUGUCCUGACUUCCUGGAUGGAAGUGAGUCUUGUCACUGGAAGACCUCCUACUACGAGGGCCGAUGGAUCGCUGGCUCCACCGCUGGAGGCUGCAUGAAUAACACUGACACCUUCUGGUGUAACCCACAGUACCGGGUGAAAGUGGAGCAGCUCGUCGGUGGAUGUGCCGAAAAACAGGGUGAAAAAAACAUGCUGGUGUCUCUGAUGCAAAAGCCUGACAAGAGGAAGAGACGGAUGGUUAAAAACCUCUACAUCGGAUUCUCUGUAUUUGAGGUGCCUGAACAUUGCUCACGAAAGAAGGGGAAGUUCCAGGCAGAUUUCUUCAGCAGUACCAGCCCAGUGGCCCAGACCAAAACCUACGUGAACGGGCGUGAGGUGAUGGAGUUUUUGCUGCUGAAGCCCGGGGAAUACCUGAUCGUGCCGUCGACGUUCAAACCCAACGAGACCGCCUCCUUCAUCCUGACCAUCCUCACCAAGUCGGAGACCCACGUCCAUGAAAAUGCUGGUGGCAUGAAUCAUGAACACAUGGACAUUGAUCAGCCUUUAGCCGACGAACCCGUUGAGGACGAACACAGCAGGAGAGACUUCUUCCGCCAGUUCUCAAACAAUUAUGAAGAAGUUGAUGCUGAGAAGCUGCAGACGCUCCUGAACAACAAAGUCUUGGAAGGACAGCUGAAACACGGAGGAUUCAGCAUCGACGCCUGUCGCAGCCUGAUUGCUUUGACAGAUAUGUCUCUCACCGGCACGCUGACUGGCGAAGAAUUUAUCCUCCUGUGGAAGAAGAUAUCUGGCUACAAGGAGAUGUUUGUUCGCUCGACUGCGUCUGAAGCAGACACCCUGUCAGUGGAUGAACUCAGGAGUGUGAUCGCCGCCUUCGGAAUGAGGAUCAAUGACGUCGUGCUGAAUGUGGUGGUCAUGCGUUACCGCAACUCCUGUGGUCGCUUCACACUGGAGAGCUUCGUCAAUCUGAUCUUCCGCCUGGAACGCAUGUAUGAAACCUACAAUCAGAUGGCUGAUGGAAUGGGAAUCCUGCUCAGACGAUCAGAGUGGUUGCAACUCACCAUGUACGCUUAACUUGACGGUGAAGAUGAUCAUCAGGCUAGAAGAGACGGAAAACCUCAUUCCAAUUAGGAAACUGAGCUGAAACAAAGGUUUUAACCUCUCUGCAGACUCCUUCUUUUUUCUUUUUUUUUUUUUACAUGAUGAAAACAGUAGAACCACUUUAUAAAAUGAAUGUGUCUUCAUGAGUACCAAAAAUCAACCUCGGCCCCCCAAAAUUGGGGCAUUUAUUGCAAAUGCUGAAAACAAGCUCAAGGAGUGUAUAAAAAGGGACUUGAAUGUUGAUGAAGACAUUAACUCUGCGUAGACUUAACUUUGUUUGGAUGUAGCAAACCUCAUCACAAGCCACUAUAGCCAUUGAUUGUGCUAAUAUUCCAAAGUUUUGGGAGUCCUUCACCAUUUAUUAGGCCAGAGGGUCAUGUUGGUCAUAAAAUCAUAGAUGUAUAAAGAGGCUUUUUUGGGUGAUUUUACAAGUACUUCAAGGCUGUUGGGUUUUUUUUUUUCUGCUGUAAGUAAACGCUGUGUACGAUGGUGUCUUUAUUCAUUUUAAGAGGGUUUUUGGGGGGACGUUGCAGUGUUGAGUGGUGACAGUUUUGUUUUACUGCUCAUAAGUGUUGAGAACUGUAAACUGUUCAUACAGCACCACUGUCCAGUUUUAAAAUGUGAUCUUUCUCAGCUUCUUUUUGAUAUUCAUAUAUAACUAUCAGCAUGUUCACACAAACAAAUGACCUUGACAGCUAAUGGUGCCACUGUGCCCUCAGUGCAGUGGGAUUAGAUCACGAGUGGGUGUCUUCACUAUACUUUUUGUGUUGUUGAAAUUUUAAUACCACUUAUGACUGAUUUGUUCUUUCUUUAUACUUUGCAAAAUAAAGGCGUUAACUGCUAA